AUGGCGGAUGUCGAUGAUGGAGCAUCUGCUCCCGCGGAGCCUUUGGACUUGGUGCGCCUAUGCCUCGACGAGAUUGUUUUCGUGAAACUGAGGGGGGACCGCGAAUUAAAGGGCAGGCUGCACGCAUACGAUAGCCAUUGCAAUUUGGUGCUAGGCGAUGUAGAGGAGACAAUCUAUGUGGUGGAGGAAGAUGAAGACGAGGAAGAGACCGUGAGGACAAUACACAAGAAAUCAGAGAUGCUGUUUGUCAGAGGAGACAGUGUUGUCCUCAUAUCCCCUCAAGCACCAUCAUGA